GAUCGAGACUCUGCAACACACACACGCAAGCACACACACACAUAUAUAUACGCACACGCGCGCGCCUGCGGAAUACGAGGAUUACCUUUGAAAUGUGAUUUUUGAAAUAUGAUCAGCGACAUUCUUGAUCUAUUUUUUUCUCUACUUCAAAUUAAUUGUAUUUAUUGUCAUGCAAGGAUUUAACAAACCAAAAACAUGAUCAGGAUCCGCGCCGCCAGUCGGAGAGGCGAGACUUCCUCAGAAAGCGACACCGACUCCCAGCGAGAGGGAUUAUAAAUAUAUGGCUUUGGUUUGAUCGCCGUGGUCUCCUCCGCCGGAAUAUUUGGGAUUAUAACGCGCUACGCAGCGGUUAUGGAAAGCCGGGAUUUCGGCGCUCCGGCGCACCUCCUGUCCGAGCGGGGCGCUUUGGUUCACCGCGCCGCCUCGCGGAUCACCCCGAGCGGCCACAGCUCCGUGCAGCACGCCGCUGCCUUCCCGCCGGGCAAAUACUACCCCUCUCAUCUGCCCAUGGCCACACACUCAGGCAGCGGACUGAUGGGCAACUCUUCUGCCUCGUUUAUGGGGACAUUUCUUGCCAGCAGCCUGGGUUCCUCUCCCUCACACCCACCUCACCCCUCCAGACCGCCGUCCUCCCCCUCUUCUCCCCCAUGUCGUGGAGGGCCACACUCCACUGCCUCCCAGAUCUGGUUCCCACACUCACAUGAAGCAGCCCCAGGGUACCCACGCUUUUCAGGAAGUCUGGCCCACACAUUCCUUCCUAUAAGUCAUUUGGAUCACCAUGCCAACAGUGGGGUUCUCUAUGGUCAACACCAUUUCUAUGAAACCCAAAAAGAAAACUUCUACUUAAGAAGCCUUCCAUCCCAACCCCCACUUAUUUCAGCCAAUCACAGCAUUCCACCUAUGUCAAGGACAGAGCCAGGGAAUACACAGGGCUCUUGCAGUAUGGACACAAGAAGUGUUGUAAACUUACACAAGGGUCUUAAGGAAGCCAGUAUAGACAAAGGAAUGGUCUCAGGUACAAAGGACAAAGAAAGGCCCAGCAGUAAGCAUGAAUCUAAAGAUCGCCACUCCCACCACCAACAUCCGCAGCCCCAGCAUCUCCACUCACACCAGCCUCAACACCAUUCUCAGCACCCUGCCAGUAUGGACAACAUAAAUGGCAUGGAGAGGCAUAAGGCAUCCUUACUUAUGGAGUACAAGGACCAUUCUCAGAGCAUGGGGAAGCCUCUAAGUGCCUGUCUACUCAAUGGGAAGUUGCAGAAUACAGACUCUCGGGCUGGAGUUGGCUCCAAAGGAUCCAUGGCCAGCUGUGGAGGAGAGAGCAUGGGUAGGGGUACUGGAGAUUCAACAAAUGCACAAGCUAGGCACAUGAGUAACAGCAGUACCGGGCGCUGCACAAAAGAAGCUGUGAGUGGGGAGAUGAGGAUUAGUGAGCAGCCUCCUCUCGAUUGUGUGGAGAGGGGUCAGGUGCUACACCAGUCUUUAUCUUACUCUGUGCCUCCUCCUUUGCCUGUGGGUUCAGCAACUAGUGGGGGACAUCCAGGCAGCUUUCACUGUUUACAAAUACAUCCUAGCCAUCCACAUCACAACCAACACCCACACCACAGCCACCAUUCCCACCAUCACUCAGAUUUUUUCUGCCCUCCCCCUGCUCAACCGAUAUCUAAUUCUUCCUUACAUGAAAAAAGAGUUGGCAGCGGUGGAUCAAGAGAACCCAAAGCAACCAGACCCACAUUUGUACCAUCUGUAGGCCACCUUGGGGAGAAAGCUGGAGGCCUCUUUCAAAUGGGAAAUCCUGAAUGCCAGGUGGUGACUGGUGGUGGAAACAGUACCAAAGAAAAGGCCAUGGAAAAAGUAGGUGGGGGUCUGGGACAUCCAGGGAACUGGCAAGGAACAGGAAAACAACAGGAGCACCAACAGCAACAGCAGCAACCUCCACCACAAAAGCAGCAUCCCUACAGAAAAGCAGAAAAAGCCCCUGACUGGAUGCACAACAGUGAUCAUCACUUACAACAACAGCAGCAACAGAAUCAUCCUCAGCAGCAUCAGACUGUGCGAUCUCAUAGUGCAGACUGCAUCAAUGGCAUGGACACAGAGGUCUUUAGAUCUACUCUGACACAGGAGCCCAAAAAUGGCCAUCUGUUAACUCAUCUUAGUAAUGUUAACGCACAGUCCUAUAGGGAUUGCUCACAUUCUGGGUCAACACCUAGCUCCUCACCCCUAGCUAAGACUGUGUCUCAGCAAGGGCCUGGUUCUGGAGGUGGGAGCUGCUCAAUGCAGAGAGAAGGUCAAAAGGUUGCCCGUAUCCGCCACCAGCAGCAUGGUAGAACAGGUUCAGGUGGUCCCUCAGCAGAGCUGAGCCAGUCCAACAGCAGUCAAGAGAUAAAGCGGAAAAUGGACAUGUCUCCAUACGGUUAUAAUGGACAUCACCAUUCACAUCAGCAAUCACCUGUGCCACCAUGGGCAAUGCACCCCCAUCAUGUCCAUCUGGAAGAUGAUCAGCACAGGGCUUAUAUGGAGUCUGUCAGUGGAACUGCCAGUGGUAGACAGCAGCCCCAUCAACACCAGUCAGCUAGAAUCGGCCCCCCACCGGCUCCUGCACAGAACCAGCAGGAGGUUUUGGGACCACAGGGAGAGGGUAGUGCCAUGAAAAAUCUUCUAAAGUAUAGUAACCAGCAACAGCCUCUUCUUCUGUCCCAGAAAACCCCAUUUGGAGGAUUGGGAAGCCUCAAAACGGGACCAAACAGCAACAACUGCACCUUGCAGACUGGCAAAACAACCCUGCCUCCAAGGAAGGUCAUAACGAAUGAAAAUGAACGACAUGAUUGUGGAGGACGGAGCAGGGAGAUGGGGGAAGUGGCUCAUGGGGAGGGGGAAGUGCGGCAACCACCGGUGGGUAUCGCAGUUGCUGUGGCACGGCAGAAAGAACCAACCUGCAGACCUCCUGACAACCAUCCAAGCAGCUGCCAGGGGCGGGUCCACUCUGGCAUGAAGGGUCCUUCACGACCCAUGUAUGUCCCAGACUCUUCCAGAGAGGAUGACAGGAAGAGAAUGAGUGGGGAGCACCUAGGGGUUAGUGGGGGUCAUCCAUGCCUGGACAGAGAGCGUGAAACAUUUAUUAGGGACAACAAGGAAAGGGUAGAAUUUGCAAGGAUCCAUCCCUCCAACAGUUGCCGCAGUGACCUCCCCUCCCAUCUAAUGGUGCCUGGUGGCACUUCCCUUCAAUCGGGCCAGUUGGGAGACCCUGCUGCACAUGCCCACUCUGCGCACCACCACUGGAUGCCCCGCACAGCAAGUCCAUCCCUCUGGAUGACAGGUCAUUCCUAUGGUAUAAGUCACUCCAGUCUCCACCAAAAUCUUCCCCCAGGCUUCUCUGCAACUAUGCCUGCACCCCUCCAGCCUGUACUACCCCUGCCCCAGGACCCUUCUGCCCAGUUGGUGGUGUUACCCACUGAGCAUACUGCCCAUCCAGCCACACAUCACUUAGAUGUGAUGGAGCAGCCAGGUCUGUGGCCCCCAGUGUACAGGGCCCGGGGGCCUCCCUCCCACAUGCAGCAUCCUGCUGUGUACUCUCGCUCCCAGUUUCUACGGCAACAAGAACUGUAUGCACUCCAGCAACAUCAGCAGCUGCAGCAUCAGCAACAUCCUGGCCAUCAGCAGCCGCCUCAACCAUCGCAGCAACACAGAGGAGCACACAGUAUAGAGCCUCAGCACAGAAAUUCUCAUAACCAGAUGCAGAAGAAACCUGAGGACCAUGGAGCAUGUGGCAUGGAGUUGCAGGACAUCCUGUCUGAGCCCAGGAACCCCAAAACUACCAAGUCUUAUGCCUAUGGUUCUUCAAAUCGGGCUUCAUCACCUCCCAGGGCCUCUACUGCGCACAUGUCACCCUGCUGUCAGUCGCCAUGUAUGCAUCCUCAUCCGAAAAGCACACCCUCCACCCCCUGCCCUGUCCCGAGUCCUGCCGCUACUGUGCCCUGCUCCCCUGCUAUCAGUCCAGCCCCAUCACAAUUACCCAAUAUUACAGAACCUCAGGACAACCGAGCAAAGGGGCAACCACCUCAAGACUACCCUCAGUCUAUGGAACCAGAUCUUCCACCUGAAUACACCUAUCCUGCAGUCACCAUGGGAUACAGAGGGGGGCCUUCCCCACAGGAUGUACAACUAGCUGAGCCAGCUGAGCUGGAAGCCAUUCCAGUUGAGCCUGUUGAGCUUGCUCCAGGCCCUAUGUCCAGUAUUGGGGAGGGGCCUGAGUGCCAUGCAAUAGUAAGGCCCAUUACCGAAUCCCAGUUGCCAGUGGAGCAGAAGAAUGAGGAAGAUCUGGCACAAGAACAGGUACGAGGUGCACUGGAGCAGAGUGCAGAUCCGGAUCCAGUGGACUGCUGUCUGCCUGUGGAGCAUGAACAAGCACAGGAAGAAGCCACAAUGCUCAUUUGCCACCCUGAAGAGGUGUCGACCUGUGAAGCAGCACCUUGUCCUAGUGUCUGGUUAGUAGAGGAACCAAUACAUAAGGACUCUACUAUAAUUUGUCAGGUGGAAGGUGGCCUUCUUGACCAGGACAGUAUUGUUUCUGAGCUGAAACCCCCGACAGCACCAGUUUUAGAGCAUCCAUGUGGUUCAGAUAAUCCAGCUGACCUCCAAGCCAGCACAGCCCCUGAGGUAGUGGCAGAAGAAAACAAAAAAGAAGCUCAGGAGGAAGACUGUAUGCAGAUCCUCUCUUCUCCUUCAUCUCCUAUCAGUGCCGCUCCCUUCCCACAGCCAAUUGUGCCAAGUUACUGGAGCCUGGAGCUCCUGAUUGCUGCUGCCUUCUGCGGAGACUGCCCUCCCCCCUCCCCACCUGCUUCCACCACUUCUCAGGGCUGUUCUGGCCCCUUCUAUGCCAGUACAUAUGGCAUGGAGCUCCUUAGUGAGCUGGCUGAUCUGAAACGCCAACAGGAACACCACAGUGCAGACAAAAGUGAAGGACAAGAACAGCCAAUAUUUGACCUCCAGAGUUUCGCUACUUUGGCAGUGGCUCGAGCCCUGGAGUUUGACUCCAAGGCAAACAGUAUGACAGAUCCUGAGAAGCACUGUCCAGCUAAAAGGAUCCUCAACCUCCGGCGGAAAUGCAAUUGGACCCCUCGCCAUGAGCCCGUGUGCCCUGUGAAGGGUUCUAUGGAUGUCAUAGACAGUCAGGAACUGGCGAUGCGUGUGAGGCUGGCAGAUUUGCAACGGCGCUAUAAAGAGAAGCAGAAGGAGUUAGUCAAGCUGCAGAGGAAGCACGACCACCAGAAAGAGGAAACUCCUCGAAGUCCUGCACGUCGGGGCCCUGGCCGACCAAGAAAGCGGAAGUCAACAGGUCUAGGGCCCGUGGCUCCCCCUGAGCCACAAAAGAAAGUAAGGACCGUGGGGGUGGUGCUGCUGACAGAGGAUUCGGGAAGAGGAGGCGGGGAUUUGAUAAAGAAGAAGAGGCUGUCCAAUCGGAGCUUUGGCCGCCUUGGAGCUGUUCAGGUGAAAAUGCAAUCCGCUCAGAAGACCAGCCUACAUGAGCACCAUAUGGCACAGCUAAAGUCCAAACCUGCUGUUGGUAGAACCAUGCAGGACAGUGAAACCUUGGGGUCUGUUCACCUGUACACUUCUCAGCGCAGCCCAAAAGCAGAUUCCAGACACUCUAACAUGGCGGCUAACGAGUCUGAAGGCCAGAGUGACACAGGCAGUGGAGACAGCGGCCCUCAGGAGAGCUGGAAGGGCCUGAGGAAUAGGAAGAAGAAGAAGAAGAAGAGUGAGGUGGCUUUAAAUCGAGCAUCAGCCAGUGUGCAGCAGCCCCGGGCCAGGGGACAGGAUGCGACAGAGGACGGGGAAACGUUUGCAGAGGAUACAGAGUCCUCAGAGCAAGAAGAGGAGGAAGCAGAGGGCAGUUACAACACCGAUGCAUGCCAUACCAUCAAAAUCCCACCCUCCAAGGAGCUCCCAUCUAGCUCCAUUCUAAAAGACCCCUCCCCUUCCUCUGUUGUAAAACUCGAGGUCAAUCAGAAGGCGAAGAAUAAAAGAGAACGGCAGGAGCUGUACGGUUCCCAGCUACGGUCAAAUACAGAAGGUGAGGUGAAAAUCAAAAAGAAAAGGCCCCACUGCAGGUCAGCACCAAACAAUUCAGCUAAGACCUUGGGUGUGAGGAGGAGACCAGGUCGUCCCAGACUGCAGGAAAAGCUGUGGGCUGGUCACUACCGUAAACCUGCAGGCCUCUUGUCUUUUUCCACCACCAGCGAGAGGCUGAGGAGAGCCACGCGGAAAAGCUCCAUGCUCCGUGGAGUGCUUGGCAAGGCGAAAAGUUGUUGGUCAGCUGUGGUCCAGUCUGCUCAGAGUGAUGACAACUGUAAACGGAGGACCAGGUUUAGACAGUCUAAAGGGCGCGCAGUCAGUCGUCUAUUGGAGAGCUUUGCAGCAGACGAUGGUUUCCAGCUGGGUGGAGACAGCAGCUUCUCGGAUGAGGAUGAGGAGAACUCUUCAUCAAGUACCAGAAGUUCUCCAGCUCCUCCAAACUGUCUACUGACUAAAGACCUGCUGACUGAAGGGCUCAAAAUUCUCAUCAGUAAAGAAGACGAACUCCUGUACGCCGCCCGCGUGAGAACUCUAGAUCUGACAGACAUCUACAGCAUUGUUAUCGAUGGAGAGAGAGGAAACCGCCCCAGAAUCUACUCCCUGGAGCAGCUCUUGCAGGAAGCAGUUUUGGAUGUGCGUCCUGAAACAGAGGCAGUGCUGACCGAAGGAACAAGAGUAUGCGCAUACUGGAGUGAGCGCUCACGAUGUCUUUACCCAGGCUAUGUGCGCAGGGGUGGCUCCAAUGAUGAAUGUAAGCCAGGUGGAGUGAUGGUAGAGUUUGAUGAUGGGGACAAAGGAUGGAUCUCUCUCCGCAACAUUCGUCUCCUUCCUCCUGGAUACCAGAUUCAUUAUGCUGAGUCCAGUCCAACUCUGGUCUCCAGUUGUCGAUCAGACAAAAUAGUUUCAUGUCAAGAGGAAAGAAGCUCACAGAUUGACAGAUCAUCUGAGAAAACAAGUAGCAGAGAGGAAGUUAAAAACAAGGAAAAGACAAUGAGAAAACCAGGGAGACCUAAAGGUUCAGGACUGAAGAGGUUUAUUUCAGAUGGUGUCUCCAAAACCUCAUCUCCACCAACCUGGCCAUCAAUAGCUCAGCCAAGAAAGAGAGCGCCAGUCAAUUUGUUUCAACUUAAUGGUACAACGGCCAAAAAGACCCUGAAGAACAGAGAGGCAGUGUUUCCUCAUGCUUCCGUCUCUGUAACAUCAGCUAAAUGCAUCUUCAAUAGCAGAUCCUUUGAGGUGGACUCAUUUAGUAGUAUUGCUAAUGGCUACUCGUCUUUUUGCAGCCAGACCCCUGGCAUGCCUGUAGAGGGCAGGAACAGCACCUACGGGCAGUGCAGAAAGUCAGACCAAUCGGACGCGCCUCGGGGAAGGAAAAAUGAAUUUCUGAUCAAACUCGAUCAUGAGGGAGUAAUGAAUCCCAAGAACAAGAGCAGCAAGGCUUUGCUAAUGCUAGGAGGAUCUGGGUUUGGUUCUAAAGGCAUAGGUGCUCCACCCAAGCCUGAAGCAUAUUCUCACCCAGUUAUGUUGGUAAAGGACAAAAGGAAAGGAGACAGUUCUCGGGCAGAGCUCCUUCCAGUCCAAAGAAAGCCAUCCCCAUCCCUGCUAAUGGGCAAGCAUGGAGACAUGGGCCUUAGUUGCCACAGGGACUGCCACAGUUCUUAUUCUGACAUGGAUGAGGAAGAUGAAGAAGAAGAGGAAAGGAGGAGAACAAGUCAAUCAGUUCUGGUCCCAGCCUCUGGUAACAUGAGGAUGGCUGGUCGUUUCCUAUCUCACCUCUCUGUUUCCUCAUCUUCUUCAGGAUCAUCUAGCUCUUCUAGCUCAGGCUCUAUUUCUAGCUCCAGCAUCUGCUCCUCUGACAAUGACUCCUCUUAUAGCUCUGAGGAUGAUGAGAACUCCACACUACUCCUACAGAGCUGCCUAACCCCCCACCACUCCCUACUUCAUACCCAUAAAGCUCCUACUGGACACCCACAACACUCAUUUGUGGCCAAAGCUAUGGCCGUCUCCAGUGCCAAAGGUGGGAAUGUUGACAGUGCUGCCCGGAAGCCCCUGAAGAGAAAAGAGUGCCUCAGUUCUACUUCCAAACCUUCUAAAGAUCUGGUGAAGAGGCAAAAAGUGAUGGCUGACCAUAGCAGACCUAAGGUAUCUUCCUGCAUGCCAGCAAGGCAACUGUGGAGAUGGUCUGGGAAUCCCACCCAGAGACGUGGGCUAAAAGGGAAAGCUCGUAAGCUUUACUAUAAGUCCAUAGUCCGUGGCAGGGACACGGUGCAAGUAGGAGACUGUGCAGUGUUUCUGUCUGCUGGCCGUCCUCACCUACCCUACGUCGGCCGCAUUGAGAGCUUCUGGGAGUCAUGGACCAGCAACAUGGUAGUGAAGGUCAAGUGGUUCUACCAUCCUGAAGAAACCAAUCUUGGCAAGAGACAUCAUGAUGGCAAGCAUGCCCUCUAUCAAUCAUGCCACGAGGAUGAGAACGACGUGCAGACAAUCUCUCAUAAGUGCCAGGUUGUGAGCCGUAAGGAAUAUGAGCGCCUGAACCGCAACAAGAAACCUGGAAGCAACCUUCAAGACCUUUACUACUUGGCUGGCACCUAUGACCCCACCACUGGCCAGCUUCUUACCGCAGAUGGAGUGUCUAUCCUCUGUUAGCUUUGGUCUGAGGGUAAUGACAAUCUAGCAUUUUCCUAAGUAGGGAUUUGACAAGAUACUAACCGAGAUUGGGUAUUGCAAGAAUCACAGCUGUAAUUAUCCUGAGUUGAAGAGAAAUUAAGUUGUGGUGAGAUGCAAGGCUACAAAGACCAGCCCCCAAAAUCUCAGCCUCACAACCUGUGCUUGGUCUCCCAAAGACGAACUGCCGCCACAGGUAAUUUGCCUUGUGGUCCGGCUUCUCUGUAUAGUACAUCCAUGUAUAAUCUCACAUCUUACAAUUUAACGUCAAAAAACCAACAUUGUAUUUAAAGUCACCAAAGCAGAACCCUUUUUCGGUUUUGAAAGAUGGCUGUCUUGUGAGAAUUCUACAGCGUAGAGAAAAAAAAGAAAAAAGAAAAAAAAAAGCAGUUAAGAGUGGUGUGCUUUCUCCCACACCAUGUGAUGAUUCCAGGGAUAUUUAAGUAAAUAAUAUUUAGAUUUAGUAUAUUAAGUUUAUGUAUGUGUAUAUUUAAGGAGCUAUUUACUAUCAAGCCAUACACUUCAGUACCUCUUACCUGUCUUCUUAUUCAGGUGUAUAGUGUACAGGUGCAUGUGUGAUCUGUUUUUCAUUAUUAUUUUUGGUCAUUGUUGUGUAUAUGUAUAUACAAAGGUAUUUUAUAUGGUUAAUGUACUGUACAUAUGAGGUUUAUUGUCCGAUGCUUGGAUUGAUUUAUUUUUCUAUGAGAAGAGAUGAACUGAAGAUGUAUGCAUUGCACUGCACAUUGCCUGCUGAGACAGAAAGAGAAGAUGUUAUGGAUUUCAGUCAUUGUUAUGGCUGCACUUUGGGCAUUUAUUGUUAUUUUUCUGUUUUGUUUUGUCUGCUCCUUUAUUUCCAUCUCCAUUAUGCUGUUUACCCAAAAAAGGAAAUGAAAAAAAAAAAAAAUAUUAAUUGAUAUUUAAAUGAGAAAAACGUCUCUAAGAAGUUUAUCGAAAAAAAAAAAGGAUCAGAAGAAAAAUUGUGGAAAAAUACAAGUGCUACAAAUACGUACUUAAGAUGCAGGUAUAAAAUACCACAGCGGUCUUGACAUUGCUAAAUAUAUAUCCCUUGGUGUUGUACAUCCUUCUGCUAUCAAUGUAUUUCUUAAUAUGUUGUGCUGACUGUUUCCUGUUUUGCUUUACUGACAUUUCAUACCAUUUUUCCAACUUUCUACUCAUCAGCGAUGGUGGUAGCAUAUUGAGGCAGACUGUUAUACCAAGGCCAAGGCAUUGUGCCAUCCAUAACAAGAGCUCUUAGAGAAGCUGAUGAGUCGUUUGUCUUUAGAGACAAUCAUGUUCAUAAAAGAGAGCAAGCGUGGACUGUUUGACAGGCUCACACAAUCACAAGAUAUUUUAUUAGAUUUUUUUUUUUUUUGUGUGUGUGUGUGUGUGUGUGUGUGUGUGUGCCAAAAACAUCUUGUUUUUAUUAUGCAACCUUCACUGUAUUCUCUAAGUAUUGAUUAUUAUUUUAAGUUUUUUUUAUUACCUAUUUAUUGUCAGUGUUGCUGUUUCAUCACCAAACCAAACAAAACUAAAAAAUGUGACAGCGCUUAUUUAGUUUGUGUUGAACAUAGAGUCUCUUUAAAUCAAAGUGCAAUGGUCUGGCAAAGAGGACUUAUACAGAGAGAACACUGGACUAGUUUGCUGGUUUGUGCCUUGAAUUAUAGUUAGACCCUUACCUUUUGGCCCCCAUUAGCAACUUUUGCAGGGGAAGUGACGUCAUUUAAUGACCUCUCCCUGACCGUUUAUUCUUAUCCUCAGUGCGUUUAAGAACAGACACCAAAAUUGCAUUUGUCACAACACUCGGCCUAUUUGUUAGCCUCUCACCAAUGACUUGAAAGUAAAAAAGGACAUUUGAUGAUGGAUAGUUUCUCUGCACAAUAUCCAAUCUUGAUUUAAUGGGCCCGUUAUGUUACACAUGAAAUAAAUAAUUUAAAACUUGA